AUGAUAUAUAUUAGUUUGGAACUGAAUCAAAGUGUUGUGAAUUUCAAUUUCUCUCAUAUUUCAGAACAAACCUCCACAACAGUCUCAGCAACAACUCCUGGCUCAACCACUGGCUCCACAACUGAAACCACAUCAACAUCAGGGACGACCACCACAGCCAGUUCUACUGCCAGCUCCACCACUGAAGAAUCAGCUACAACAACAGGGACAGGUACCACAGCUGAGACGACUGCCAUUUCCACAGCUGGAACAUCAACAACAACAACAACAAGAACAACAACAGCGCCUACAACUACACCUGGCUCCACCAGUACCUCAACAACAGAAGAAACCACUUCAGCAACAGUAUCCGCCACUACAGCACCGUCUACUUCCAGUUCCAUAACUGAACAAACCUCCACAACAGUCUCAGCAACAACUCCUGGCUCAACCACUGGCUCCACAACUGGUGAGUACCGAUGA